AUGCUCCAUGCUCCAGGCUGCAAAACGCCUUUCCAGGAGCACCAGCGCCAAAGCCGUCACGACGAGCAACUGCAGCCACCAGUGCAACACUUCGAAAAGCGGGUAGCAUUGGAAAUAUACGUACUUUGCUCACAUCAUCAACUUCAGUUGCAAAAGAAGCUUCGAAAAGGUCUGCCAAGUGUCAUCACUUCGAUGCCCGGUGCAUGUCCGUAUCGACAGAACAAGCUCGAGCAAUCAGCACAUUUACAGGAGCAAUAUACGAGGAAUCUACAGCAGCAGAUUUAUCUUCUAGAACUUGAAAACAAUUUUUUGAAACAUGGUACUGGAAAUGCCCCACAUAGUAGUGAUGACGAAACCGAGCGACGACGCGAGUCUCAAUCUCCAUCACCUGGUCCCUCAACAAAGCCAGAGCCGCCAACACGACACAAAUCAUUCAAGAGCGGGAUUUUGGCCGAAUAUGACCGGGAAAAACAAGCGAAACAAGGAGCAAACCGGAAAAAAGUAUCCUAUGCAGAGCCUGAAGUUACAAAUGCGCCAGUUUCCUCGAAUUGGCCAGAACGAAGGCCGUCGCAUCAUUUAACUGAACAAGCUGAAUUGCUGCAAAAACUUGAGGAAUCCUAUCAGCGUGAAAGAAGACUUGAGGAGUGCUUGAAGCAAAAGACGAUUGAAAUUGAGAGAAUCGCUUAUGAGAAUUCCCAACUGUCGGAGCGUAUCCAAGAGCAGGAAGCUAAAUUAUACAAAAAUGAAGAAUGUUUCACGCGUGAUAAACGUGCGUUGAUGGAAGAAGCGCUGGAGUUGCAGAGGAGGCUUGACUAUCUGACACCUGCAUUGGCUGAUAAGGAGUCGCACAUUGCAAAACUUGAAACCGAAAAAGACGAGCUACGUGAUAAAUUGCGUAAUGCAACAAAUGAACUGAAUGAAUUGCAGAUGAAGGUUGAAGAGAAAAGUCGGGAAGAAUUAGCACUAUCUAAUGAAGAGGGACGGCGAAGAAGCGAUACUGAUCGGCUUCUACAGAAAAUCCAUCGUUUGGAGGCCAAUAUCGAAGCUCUGGAAAGCAAAGAAAUGUCGCUAGUCGAAGAUAUUGCUGCGACAAAACGAUCAUUGCGUGAGGAACAGUUAACAGCCAAAAAAGACAAAGCGAUUGCCGAAAGGGCUCUGGAGGAGAAUGCUGCAUUAAUAAAAGAGAACUCGGAUUUGUCAGCGCAAAUAUCUCGCCUGGAAAUGAAAGUGAAAACACUGUCACAGGAAGCUGAAAACACUCGCCAGGAUGAUACAAUGCAAGCACAAAUAGCGGAAUUGCGGGAAUCGGAGAAGAUAACGGGAGCAGAGCUGUCAAAGGCACUCGAAAAACUGGAAGCAGAGAAGGAGCGCAAUCGACGUAUUAGCAGCGAGCAAACGAAAGAAAUGGCCCGGGAAGCUCGUGCAAGAAUGCAGAAGGAGCUGGACGCGCUGAAGGCACUCUCCGAAUCGCUUUCCAAUGAAAACAAAGCGCUGCGCCAAGAGAAAUAUGCGCUGAACGAACGAUGUGAGGAAUUACUGAAAAAGGUAUGA